AUGAAGUGCGGACGGCGUGACAAUCACGAUCACAACCCUAAAAAGGCCCCUUUCAUGUCAAGCGUCUGCUUUAAGUGUGAAAAAACGGGACACCUCGCAAAGGUGUGCAUGUCGCGCUCUCAAGCAAGUGGUUGGGCACACCAAGAUCAGGGCCACGUCGUCGCUGCAGCGCGAUUGGCACCCGGAGAGGAAUUGGAUCUUCGCGCGAUCAACAGCGUCAGUGAGCUGCCGGUGCACAAACCAUGGAACAUCCCGCUGAGUGGGAACGGAGUUCUUGUCACUAUAAAAGUCAACACCGGUGCCCCAGUAUGGAUCAUUUCGGUGAGUGUUCCAACAAAAUCAUCAGUCAUGGCAAAAACUGGCCUUUCGUCAGACGAAGCUAUCAUGCUACCUGGAAGCCCUACCAGUAAAAGAGUUACCUACAUGAGGUUGGAACACAAAAGACAGAGUGCAAAGGCGUCAGUUUACGUCUUGGACUACAAUGGACCGAGUCUGUGCGGCCAUGAGGUAACUGGAGCGCUACGUGUAAUCCAGACGAUCAACUUCGCUGAGGUGGAAGACCGGGUCUUCGAACUCAAGACGAAGUUUCGCGAGUUGUUCAAGCCUGGAAUAGGUCAAAUGGAGGAACCAUCAGUGCACCUGCACCUUGACUAA